AUGGCCGGAUUUAGCUUCGCCAAGAAGUUUACUCAUAAGAAACAUGGAAAAACACCUUCUGAUGCUUCCAUCUCUGACCAAUCUAGGGAAGCUUCAUUGUCAACUCCUCCAAAUGAAAAGUUCUUCACAAAACAAGAAACGCCUCAGAAAGGACGUCAAUUCUCACAAGGUUAUCGUCCUAACGGUAAUAAGACCAGUUCACCUCCUACGUUUGCCAAAAAGCAGCAAGCAGAAUCAAGGAUCCAGCCAAGUGCAGUGCCACCUCAGCAACGAAAUGUAUCGGGACCAUCUACCACUCUCCAUAAACAACCAUCAAAGCAGAGAGGAUACACCGUGUGGAAUAGAAUAAAGUUACAGAACUCACCUUUCCCACGUUAUAGACAUGUUGCCUCUGCAUACGUUACAGACAAAAACCAAAUUUAUGUUAUCGGAGGGCUUCAUGAUCAAUCUGUAUACGGUGAUACAUGGAUAUUAACGGCCCUUGAUAAUGCCACCAAAUUUUCUACCACUACGAUAGACAUAAGUGAAGCCACGCCACCACCAAGAGUGGGUCAUGCUGCCGUUCUAUGCGGGAAUGCUUUUGUUGUAUUCGGCGGUGACACACACAAAGUCAAUAAGGAAGGUUUAAUGGAUGAUGAUAUAUACCUUUUGAAUAUCAACUCUUACAAGUGGACAGUCCCUGCACCCGUGGGGCCACGUCCAUUAGGCAGAUAUGGUCAUAAAAUUUCAAUCAUCGCCACAACUCAAAUGAAAACGAAACUAUACGUUUUUGGUGGUCAAUUUGAUGACACCUAUUUCAACGACUUGGCUGUUUAUGAUCUAUCCUCUUUUAGAAGACCGGAUUCACAUUGGGAAUUUUUGAAACCGAAGGCAUUUACGCCACCACCUAUUACGAAUUUUACAAUGAUAUCAUAUGAUUCAAAACUAUGGGUAUUUGGUGGUGACACAUUACAAGGUUUAAUCAAUGACGUGUUUAUGUAUGAUCCAGCGAUUAAUGAUUGGUUUAUCAUCGAGACCACUGGUGAGAAGCCUCCUCCAGUUCAAGAACACGCUUCUGUAGUUUACAAUGAUUUAAUGUGUGUGGUGGGUGGAAAAGACGAGCAUGACGCCUACUUGAAUUCCGUGUAUUUCUUGAACUUGAAAUCGCAUAAAUGGUUUAAGUUACCUGUAUUUACAGCGGGAAUCCCGCAAGGUCGGUCCGGCCAUUCACUAACAUUAUUGAAAGAUGAUAAGAUUUUAAUUAUGGGAGGUGACAAAUUUGAUUACGCCAGAGUCGAAGAAUUCGACUUACAUACCUCCGAUAUUGACUUACAAAGAGGCACGAUUGUUUAUACGCUAGAUUUGGCACGCAUAAAAGACCUUUGUCCCGGGAUAAUGGAUGCUUUGAACGAAAUCGCUGCUGAGAAAAAUGGUAGUCUUGAUUUGGCGACGCCAGUUACGCCAGUUACGCCAGUUUCUCUUCAAAACAAUAGUACGAACUUGCCGAAUUCAGCCGGACUCCCAGCUUCUGCUCCAUCGUCCGCAGCGAAGUCUUUCCCAGAUUUUGAUCAUGGUAACAGAGAUGUUAAUAACGGAGAGCUUCCAGUGGAGCCUGAGAGCCAAAAUCAUACGGUACACUCAGAAUCUCAUUUAAUUGCUGAACCAAACAUUUUGACUCCGUAUGUGCCUCCAGAAAGCUCCCAAACGCCUAUUAUGAAAACAACUUCAAACAAACCAUUUAGUACACCUAUUAUCGAAAAAGGAACUGAAACUGCUGGAAUUAUUGAAUCGCCAAAUGAAAACUAUAGUAUUCCGUCUUCAAACUAUGGAAAAAACCUCACUCCAUUAAAGCAAAUCAAGAGUAACUCCUCCCCAAUUGUAGAAACGUUAUUAAGCAACGAAAUAAAUACGUUCCAGAAUGACAACGUGGAUGAAACGGAACUUCAUACUGACGCUGAUGAAAAAACGGACUCUACGAUCCCUUCUAACCAAAAAAUGAACGGGAAAACUUCAAGGGCAUCAGUGCCAGGCAAUAUUGAGGAAGAAAGCGGCGCUGUUGUUGCUGAUGACGACGAUGAAAUUGGUGUAGCUCAAAUGGCCAGCUCCCCAUCAAAAGAUCAGUUCAAAAUAAAGCAUUAUAAUGAAUCUCUAGAAUUGUCGCAAAAAACUGCUGAGAUCGAAAAAUUAUCUGAGCCUGUAGAUAUUGCAAUAAAGAAAAGCGAUACCACAGGCCAUGAUUCUACUGAGCAUGAUGUUGCAAUAAAUGAGGAAAAGGAUUUGGCCGGGAUCGUAAACGCUUCAUCUGAUGUAAAAAAGGAAAAAUUAAAUGUUCCAGAAAAUGGAAGCGUUACUUCUGAAGUCGUGGACAGAGCACUAUUCGAAAAGUUAAGGUCUGAAUUACAGUCCUUGAAAGAACUUACACAUGAAAAAGCACUUGAGGCCGGUGCUCACAUAAAAGAGUUAGAAACGGAGCUGUGGCGGUUGAAAUCUCAGAGCAGCACUGGAACAGCCAAAGAAAUGGAUGAGUUGGACUCUGUUAGACUACAGUCGAAAUGUGAAAUACUAGAAGCAGAUAAUCACUCUCUCGAAGACAAAGUCAAUGAGCUAGAGGACUUAGUAAAUAGCAAAUUCUUAAACAUGGAAAGUCUAAACGCAAUUGUGCAAUUUCAAAAUGAACGAAUCAAGUCGAUCGAGCUAGAACCUGAUUACAAAGAAAAGCUUGAAAAAUUACAAAUAGAACACGAAAACCUGAGUAGAGAAAAUGAACGGUUGAGAGAUGAGAGUAUGCGACAAAGCGAAGAUAUCAUUAAACAAGUCACGGAUUACUCAUUACAAUUGGGUUCACUAAUAAACUAUUGGAAAGAAGGCAAGACCAGCUCUUCGCUUCAUGCAUCUUCUUCUUCAUUGUUGUCCGUGUCGGACGGAAACGAUGAAAAAUGUAUAAACGAACCCUAUGGUGAUCAAAGCCGUCACCAUCGUGUGGUAAUUAACAAACUAACAAAUAGAUUGGAUGAUUUGUUGGAGAAGAGCCAGGAGCUAACCAUCUCAAAAGAAAAACUGUCUUCUGAAUACCAUGCUUUGAAGAUGGAACACAGCUCGUUGAGUCAGGAUGUGUUGGUGAAGGAGAAUGAAAUCAAAAAGAUACAAAGCGAUUAUAAGGAAAGCAUAAGUUCUAUGGAUAGUGCAAGUAAGGCACUAACAGUUUCGCAAAGGGAACUAGAAAAGUAUAAGAGUUUGAGCAAAAAGCUGAUUGACGAGCUAGAUGAAUUGAACUUCAAAAACAACGUCGGCAGUAAAAAUUCUGAUGGGUUCAAAAGCGCUGACCAGACCCCUGGCAGUGCUGACAACAGCAACACUAUGAGGGAGAACCAAUUCAAUAUCAAGAUAAACGACCUAAAAGCAGAACUUUUCAUUACUAAUCACGAAAGAGAUGACCUGAAAGGCGAAGUGUUAGAGUUGAAGAAGAGAUUAUUGAAUUUAGAGAAUAGUGUUGAAAAAACCAAUGAGGAUGACGACAAUAACUUAUUAUAA